AUUUCCGGUUUGCUAUUGGUCGAUCCAGGUGUCAAUCAUCCAGUAUAGUGGGCGGGAUUAAAGAAAAUGGCGACUUUAUCUGUCGGAGAGCCUCAAGAGAUGGAAGUGGACAGGAGGGGUGAGUCUGAGGAAUCUGGUGAUGAUGAGACCAAGAGGAAGAGUUUCAAUGGAGAGGUCGACUCUCUGCAAACCCCUUCGACUGUACCCGAGGAGUCACCAGUUGACAUGGAGACCAUAACCUUAGACCCAGAUGAAGAGGAUGUGGAUCUGGUCCACUGUCGCAUUGGGAAGAUUGAGGGUCUGGAGGUUCUCCGGAAGGCAAAGACAAUUUCUCUUAGGCAAAACCUCAUCAAACGCAUUGAGAACUUGGACAGCCUCGUCUCAUUGAGGGAGCUCGAUCUUUACGACAACCAGAUCCGCAAACUAGAGAAUCUUCAGGCCCUAACGGAGCUCGAGCAGCUAGAUGUUUCGUUCAAUUUAUUGAGGAAGAUUGAGGGAUUGGAGUGUCUCUCAAAAAUCAAGAAGCUCUUCUUGCUUCAUAAUAAGAUUACGCGCAUUGCCAACCUCGAUCAACUGACGAGCCUCCAGAUGCUUGAGCUGGGCUCUAACCGCAUCAGGAUUAUUGAGAAUCUGGAUUCUCUUACUACUUUGGAGAGUUUGUUCCUUGGCACGAAUAAAAUCACUCAGCUACAGAACCUUGAUGGACUGCACAGUCUGACGGUUCUCAGUAUCCAGAGUAACCGCAUCACGAGGUUGGAAGGACUCCAGAAUCUUGUGAAUCUGCGAGAGCUCUACUUGAGUCAUAAUGGCAUUGAAGUCAUUGAGGGCCUGGAGAACAACAAAAAGCUGACAACUUUGGAUAUCGCUGCGAACCGGAUAAAAAAGAUUGAAAAUAUCAGCCAUUUGACUGAAUUAAAAGAAUUCUGGAUGAAUGACAACCAAAUUGAUAACUGGGCAGACUUGGACGAACUCAAGAACGCCAAAGGUCUAGAGACGGUCUACCUGGAGAGAAACCCUUUGCAGAAGGACCCUCAGUACAGACGCAAGAUCAUGUUGGCUCUUCCCAGUGUCAGGCAGAUAGAUGCCACCUACAUCCGUUUCUGAUCAUCACCUCAUAGUGCCCUCCCUCCCUCACUCAAACCAUCCACAGCGUAUUAUAAACGCACCACUACCAUAUUACCUUCAUGGACACCGUAUGCCAUAUUUAUCUCUUUUAUUUACUUUUUAACAUCAGAAAAGAAGAAUCUCACACUCCCAGUGUUGCUGUUCCACGUGCUGGCACCUUUUACUCACACUUUGCUCUGACUUGCGCUUUAGUGUGAAUGCUUGUUCAUUUAUUUUCAGUUUAGGACUUGAUCAGUCUGAACUCAAAGGAGCUGACGCCUGUCGUUCUGAAAAUAUAUCAGCGCUAAAUCUUACUGCCCUUAGCAUUUUGGUUAGGAAAUCAUUUUACCAUAGUUAUCCCUUCUCUCUUUCAUCAAUUUAAAAUCAGAAAUGUACACCCUGUAUGAUUUACAUCAGGCUUAUUUACUAUACGAGGUGGUGAAAAAGUCUGAAUUCACCUUGCAUUCAGGUACUGAAGAUUGCUAUGAGGAACUUCUUAUUCAUUGAUGUGAUCAGGGAUUAUUUAUGUGAGUGUUAUGCUCUUAGGGAUUCUGUUUGCAUAUCAGUUCUGUCUCUGGUUGUAGCAGUAUGGCUGGUUGAAAUGGCAUGAUGCAUAUAUCUCACUCUUCAUUAAUACUGAAUAUUAUUAGAGAUUAAUUAUAACUAAGGUAAUGCCACGCAAUCUUAAGUGGUUUUAGGGAUUCACCAAGGUGAUGUCAGGUGAUUAGUAUGUUUUUUUUUACUUUUUUUUUUGGUGAAAUAUCAAAUCUCACAUGCACUCAAAAUAUUCACACAGAAACACCUCAUAUUAUUGUAUGAUCUGCUGAGUUGGUUUCUUCCCCCGCAAUAGGAGGUGAAUGGAAGAGGCCACAGUGUGGUGACUGUUUGGCCACUCCCAUUUGCCAUGAAGGAGGGGUUUUACUCAGCUGAUGCUUUAUGGAAUGAACCCACUCUCUUUAAAAGGGUUAAAGAACAACUGCAUAGGAUUGCUUUUAAUUUGCUUGAAUUUUAACUUUGUUUUACAAGCUUGGUUGACUGUUUCAGAAUUGAAUGUACUAUAAAUAAACUAAAUUUGAACAAUG